CAUGAAAUUUAAAAAUGUUUGCAUCUGUUUUCUAGCUAGUUGCGGAUUUAUCUAGCUAUUUAUUUUGUGGCGCGAGUUGGCAGUGCAGCUUUGUUGAUAUAAUUGAGCGGUCGCGAUACGGUCAUACUAAAGUGACGUGUAAGACACGAAAACAAGUGAAGAUGGACGGAUUUAUGAUGGACAUCAUCAAGGGCAUGUGCAUCAUGGACAACGAUGGCAACCGCAUCCUGGCCAAGUACUACGACAAGAACAUCCUGUCCACGUUGAAGGAGCAGAAGGCCUUUGAAAAGAAUCUGUUCAACAAGACGCACCGCUCCAACACGGAGAUCAUCAUGCUGGACGGACUCACCUGCGUCUACAAGAGCAACGUGGACCUCUUCUUCUACGUGAUGGGCAACGCCUACGAGAACGAGCUCAUUCUCCUCUCCGUGCUCAACUGCCUCUACGAUUCCAUCAGCCUGAUCCUCAAGAAGAACGUGGAGAAGCGCCUGGUGCUGGAUAACCUGGAGAUCAUCAUGCUGGCCUUUGACGAGAUCUGCGACGGAGGAAUAAUUCUGGAUGCGGAUCCCUCGUCAGUGGUGAAACGCGUUGAUCUGCGCAACGAUGACAUUCCAAUUGCCGAACAGACCGUUGCCCAGGUUCUGCAAUCGGCACGUGAACAACUCAAAUGGUCCAUUCUGAAGUGAUGUGAAAUGGGGUGGCAGAAGAGAGGAUGCCACUUCCGUGCCGCGUUGUCGCAAUACAUUCGAUUCUUCUUUUAGCCCCAACUGUUUUCGCCUAGUUGUAAAGCAUAAUAUAAUACAUACAUUUAACUGGA